AUGGAGAAUCGGUUAACAGAAGAACUGGCUACUCCCCACGGCAAUAUUCACAUGAACACAGACUCAGAAAGCAGCCAGUCAGUAGAGGAGACCAGUCGGAAAAUUCGCUAUCUUGGCCAUUCCGGUCUCUUCUACAUUAUUCCUAACUCCCCAACUGCUUCACAUUUGGACUUGAAAAAACGGUCUGAAAGACCUGAAAAAAACAGAGAGAGUGAGCCUCCUGCCGUCCACAAGAGCCUCCUGCCGUCCACAAGAGCCUCCUGCCGUCCACAAGAGAUCUCCUGCCGUCCACAAGAGAUCUCCUGCCGUCCACUUAAGCCUCCUGCCGUCCACAAGAGACCUCCUACCGUCCACAAGAGAUCUCCUGCCGUCCACAAGAGAUCUCCUGCCGUCCACUUAAGCCUCCUGCCGUCCACAAGAGAUCUCCUGCCGUCCACAAGAGCCUCCUGCCGUCCACAAGAGCCUCCUGCCGUCCACAAGAGAUCUCCUGCCGUCCACUUAAGCCUCCUGCCGUCCACAAGAGAUCUCCUGCCGUCCACAAGAGCCUCCUGCCGUCCACAAGAGACCUCCUACCGUCCACAAGAAACCUCCUGCCGUCCACAAGAGACCUCCUACCGUCCACAAGAGCCUCCUGCCGUCCACAAGAGACCUCCUACCGUCCACAAGAGACCUCCUGCCGUCCACAAGAGCCUCCUACCGUCCACAAGAGACCUCCUACCGUCCACAAGAGACCUCCUCCGUCCACAAGAGCCUCCUGCCGUCCACAAGAGAUCUCCUACCGUCCACAAGAGACCUCCUGCCGUCCACAAGAGACCUCCUGCCGUCCACAAGAGCCUCCUGCCGUCCACAAGAGCCUCCUGCCGUCCACAAGAGAUCUCCUGCCGUCCACAAGAGACCUCCUGCCGUCCACAAGAGCCUCCUGCCGUCCACAAGAGAUCUCCUGCCGUCCACAAGAGACCUCCUGCCGUCCACAAGAGCCUCCUGCCGUCCACAAGAGACCUCCUACCGUCCACAAGAGAUCUCCUGCCGUCCACAAGAGCCUCCUGCCGUCCACAAGAGCCUCCUGUCCACAAGAGAUCUCCUGCCGUCCACAAGAGCCUCCUGCCGUCCACCCUCCUGCCGUCCACAAGAGACCUCCUGCCGUCCACAAGAGCCUCCUGCCGUCCACAAGAGACCUCCUACCGUCCACAAGAGAUCUCCUGCCUCCUCCUGCCGUCCACAAGAGCCUCCUGCCGUCCACCGUCCACAAGAGACCUCCGUCCACAAGAGAUCUCCUGUCCACAAGAGCCUCCUGCCGUCCACAAGAGCCUCCUGCCGUCCACAAGAGCCUCCUGCCGUCCACAAGAGCCUCCUGCCGUCCACAAGAGCCUCCUACCGUCCACAAGAGACCUCCUACCGUCCACAAGAGACCUCCUGCCGUCCACAAGAGCCUCCUGCCGUCCACAAGAGCCUCCUACCGUCCACAAGAGAUCUCCUGCCGUCCACAAGAGCCUCCUGCCGUCCACAAGAGCCUCCUGCCGUCCACAAGAGCCUCCUGCCGUCCACAAGAGCCUCCUGCCGUCCACAAGAGCCUCCUGCCGUCCACAAGAGCCUCCUGCCGUCCACAAGAGCCUCCUGCCGUCCACAAGAGCCUCCUGCCGUCCACAAGAGCCUCCUACCGUCCACAAGAGACCUCCUACCGUCCACAAGAGACCUCCUACCGUCCACAAGAGACCUCCUGCCGUCCACAAGAGCCUCCUGCCGUCCACAAGAGCCUCCUGCCGUCCACAAGAGACCUCCUGCCGUCCACAAGAGUCCUGCCGUCCACAAGAGCCUCCUGCCGUCCACAAGAGACCUCCUACCGUCCACAAGAGCCUCCUGCCGUCCACAAGAGACCUCCUACCGUCCACAAGAGACCUCCUACCGUCCACAAGAGCCUCCUGCCGUCCACAAGAGCCUCCUACCGUCCACAAGAGACCUCCUACCGUCCACAAGAGCCUCCUGCCGUCCACAAGAGACCUCCUACCGUCCACAAGAGACCUCCUGCCGUCCACAAGAGACCUACCGUCCACAAGAGACCUCCUACCGUCCACAAGAGCCUCCUGCCGUCCACAAGAGACCUCCUACCGUCCACAAGAGACCUCCUACCGUCCACAAGAGCCUCCUGCCGUCCACAAGAGACCUCCUGCCGUCCACAAGAGACCUCCUGCCGUCCACAAGAGACCUCCUGCCGUCCACAAGAGACCUCCUACCGUCCACAAGAGACCUCCUGCCGUCCACAAGAGACCUCCUGCCGUCCACAAGAGCCUCCUGCCGUCCACAAGAGACCUCCUACCGUCCACAAGAGACCUCCUGCCGUCCACAAGAGACCUCCUACCGUCCACAAGAGACCUCCUACCGUCCACAAGAGACCUCCUACCGUCCACAAGAGCCUCCUGCCGUCCACAAGAGACCUCCUGCCGUCCACAAGAGACCUCCUACCGUCCACAAGAGACCUCCUACCGUCCACAAGAGACCUCCUGCCGUCCACAAGAGACCUCCUACCGUCCACAAGAGCCUCCUACCGUCCACAAGAGACCUCCUACCGUCCACAAGAGACCUCCUACCGUCCACAAGAGACCUCCUGCCGUCCACAAGAGACCUCCUGCCGUCCACAAGAGACCUCCUGCCGUCCACAAGAGACCUCCUGCCGUCCACAAGAGACCUCCUGCCGUCCACAAGAGCCUCCUACCGUCCACAAGAGCCUCCUGUCCACAAGAGCCUCACCGUCCACAAGAGCCUCCUGCCGUCCACAAGAGACCUCCUGCCGUCCACAAGAGACCUCCUGCCGUCCACAAGAGACCUCCUGCCGUCCACAAGAGACCUCCUGCCGUCCACAAGAGACCGUCCACAAGAGCCUCCUACCGUCCACAAGAGCCUCCUGCCGUCCACAAGAGACCUCCUACCGUCCACAAGAGCCUCCUGCCGUCCACAAGAGACUCCUACCGUCCACAAGAGACCUCCUACCGUCCACAAGAGCCUCCUGCCGUCCACAAGAGACCUCCUACCGUCCACAAGAGCCUCCUGCCGUCCACAAGAGACCUCCUACCGUCCACAAGAGCCUCCUACCGUCCACAAGAGACCUCCUCCACAAGAGCCGUCCACAAGAGACCUCCUGCCGUCCACAAGAGACCUCCUACCGUCCACAAGAGCCUCCUACCGUCCACAAGAGCCUCCUACCGUCCACAAGAGCCUCCUGCCGUCCACAAGAGACCUCCUGCCGUCCACAAGAGACCUCCUACCGUCCACAAGAGACCUCCUACCGUCCACAAGAGCCUCCUACCGUCCACAAGAGACCUACCGUCCACAAGAGCCUCCUACCGUCCACAAGAGACCUCCUACCGUCCACAAGAGACCUCCUACCGUCCACAAGAGCCUCCUACCGUCCACAAGAGCCUCCUGCCGUCUAUUAGCGCCCUCCUACCGUCCACAAGAGCCUCCUGCCGUCCACAAGAGCCUCCUGCCGUCCACAAGAGACCUCCUACCGUCCACAAGAGACCUCCUACCGUCCACAAGAGACCUCCUACCGUCCACAAGAGACCUCCUACCGUCCACAAGAGACAAGAGACCUCCUACCGUCCACAAGAGCCUCCUGCCGUCCACAAGAGACCUCCUGCCGUCCACAAGAGAUCUCCUACCGUCCACAAGAGAUCUACCGUCCACAAGAGACCUCCUACCGUCCACAAGAGCCUCCUACCGUCCACAAGAGACCUCCUACCGUCCACAAGAGCCUCCUACCGUCCACAUGAGCCUCCUGCCGUCUAUUAG